CUUAGACUCUGGUAUCUCCUGUUCAGCACGUGCCUGGAGGGCCUUAUUCAAAGUCCGGUUAGCCCGUUGUCAAGUGGUUCCCCUCACUGUAGAUAAUUCAGAAUGUCAUUAUUCUGAGCUGGGACCACCAAGCCUAAUGGUAACAGCAGCUUCUCCCCAUCUCUAAGCCGCAGUCAGACACAACCACUUCCUAAGUCUUGGCCUCAGGGGAAUGGCAGUGGGUUUAUAGAGUGCAUUAGUUCAAUAGCCUUAUCUACUACACUUGGGGUUGUAGUGGUAGUAGUAUGUUCACUUUUGUUUGCGGGCUGGAGGGGAGGACAUGGAGGGGCUGGUUUGUUUGUUUUUGUUUUGGGGGACAGUCUCAUAUAGCCUGGGUUAUCUUCAGACUCACUUUGUAGUUGAGGAUGACCUUGAACUUCUAGUCCUCCUCUCUCUUAACUCCUGAGUGAUGGGGUUAUGUACCACCAUACCUGUGUAUAAUGUUGUAGGGAUCAAACCCGGGCUUCACACAUGCUAGGCUCUGCCACCUGAGUCACAUCCUCAGCCCUAGUUUUGUUUGUUCUUUUUUUUUUUUUUUUUGGUUUUGGUUUUGGUUUUUUGAGACAGGGUUUCUCUGUGGCUUUGGAGCCUGUCCUGGAACUACCUCUGUAGACCAGGCUGGUCUCGAACUCACAGAGAUCCGCCUGCCUCUGCCUCCCGAGUGCUGGGAUUAAAGGCAUGCGCCACCAUCGUCCGGCUUAUUUAUUGUUUUGUUUGUUGGGAUAGGAUCUAACUUUGUAUUUGUGAACUUGCUAUGUUGACCAAGUUGGCUGCAAACUUUACAAUCCUCCUGCCUCAGUCACCCGAGUAUUGGGCUUUUAGGAGUACACCACCACACCCAACUGACCCUAGCUAUUUUUUAAUUACAUUUUUUGUAAUUUUAUGUGUAUGAGUGUUUUGUCUGCAUGUACAUCCGUGUGCCGUAUGUGUGCCUGAUGCCCAGGGGUCUCAGAAGAGGGCACCCGAUUCCCUGGAACUGCAGUGAUGGGUGAGUAUAAGCAAUCAUAUGGGUGCUGGGAACCAAAUCUGGGUCCUCUAGAGGAACAGUUACUGCUCUGAACCACUGAGCUGUCUCUUCAGGCCCCGACCCGAGCUAUUUUUAAUAAUUAAAUCUGUGGACUAACCUACCUUUUAGUUAUAUUGGAAGAACAGAAUAUUAUUAUCUGGCUAUAGCCCCUAUGGUGUCCCCAUCUCUCCAGCUUGCUCAGCCAACACCAGUGUCCAGCUGCACUAAUGGAAUUUGUCUUAGAUUUCAUAUUUUCCUUAUGUGCUUUUAUUGUCUACUUGCUACUCUGAUUCAGAAAUUUGUUUUCUAGUAAUUCUUAUAUUUGGUUUUUUUAAUAAGUUUUUCCCAUUAUUCUCUUCUUUUCAUAUUAUUUUCUAGGACAUUUUACACAGACAAUAUGAUACCCUGGUAAAAGCAUAUACACAUACUCACACCCCUGCACACCUACAUGCACACAUACACAUAUAUCAAUAGGGUAACAAAUUUAAAUGACCUAAAAAGAAGGGCUGGGGAUAAGACUGUUGAUAGGGUGAUUGCCCAGCAUGCAUGAAAUCGUGUGUUCAGUCCCCAGCAUUGCGUAAACCAGGUGUGGUGGCGCAUGCCCGUAAUCCCAACACUUGGGAAUCAGAGGCAGGAGAAUCAAGAGUUAAAAGUUAUCCUCAUUUACAUAAUUAAAGUUUGAGGUCAUCUUGGGAUAUGAUACUCUAUAUCACAAAGAAAAAAAUUUCUAGGAACAACUACUAUUCAACAAAUUAUGAUUAGGCACUUCGAAAGUAGUGAGCUAAAACAGUAAAGAAUAAAACCUAACGUUUAUUGUGUUCUUACUAUAGUCUCGAGCUUCCUAAUGCUGUGACCCUUGGAUACACUUCCUCAUCUCCCGGUGACCCCUAACCUAAAAUUCUUUGUUGCUACUUCAUGGCUGUAAUUUUGCUACUGUUAUAAAUCGUAACCUUUUACAAUUUCCGAUGGUCUCAGGCAAACCCUGUGAAAGAGUCAUUAGACCCCCGAAGGGGUCACGACCCACAGUUGAGAACCACUAUGCUAGAUUAAUUUCUUAACUCCCCAAACCGUAAUACCUGCUCUUGCAAUUGCAGAAGUUAAAUGCCAGGGCCAAAGUCCCUCCCAGUCGAUGACAGACUGGGUGUAUCCCAGGGCCCAGUGGCCACGGUAUCACUACUGUACAUAGUGAAUUCUAUAUGUAGUCUCUGACUCACUGUGUCCUCCUUCGAUGUCCCCACCAUGUGGCAGAAUGCCUGGCACAUAUGCACAGCUCGGGAAGUAAAUGGCACCAGACCUAGCUUAACAUCUCUGGAUGCUGCUGCUUCCGUUUAAGUAAACUUGUAUAGUAUUUUCAGAAGUUGUCUUGUUUUGAAGCAGAUUUGGGGUAAAAAUCUUUUCUGUGUUGCUCGUGAGCUUAUUUCCAGCAGAGGCGUGUUCAUAACAGGGGACCUUAGUGGGAUCAAGGUUUACAGGGACAGGUACUUUCCAAGACUCAAAAGAGCUGGAAGGACCAACACAUCUUCUCCCCAUGCCACCACCAUAGCUGGGGCCAUCAGCCUGCUGCCAGCGCAGCUAUGUGACAAGCAGAGCCAUGAACAGGUCUAGGAGACCCUGGCGUGUGUGUGCCCAGUUUCUGGAAUGCCUGCAUUGUAGUCUCUGCCAAUUGUUCCCCUGGUGACAAAUAACUGUGCUUUCAUUCAGAGCCCCUGUCUUCUGAACCAGGCAGGUGAGUGUCCUCUUUGGGAAGACCAUCGUCUUUUCCCUCUCCCUGCUCCUCUAGCGAUUGAUAGGUAGGUGCAUGAGGAGAAGGUUGAGGUCUCAUGGCAGCAGAACACACUUGAGUUAGGGGUUAACAUAUAGAAUGAGUUAUGUACAGUGGGGUGCGUGCCCCAUUCCCAGGUUAUUUUAGUAUUUUUGUGACAUACUCUCAUAUGACCUUUGGGAUAGAGUUGGUCCUUUCUGCUUUUUUAGGUCAGGGAAAGCUCGUGUUCCUGAAGUCUGUGGGUCUUGCUGUUUUUCCUUGCGUGUGGCCCAAGCUCUGGUCCCUGCUAGCCUCUGGACCUCAGCUCUACAGCUUACCCCAGGCCUCACCCCUGCAAGCCAUGGCCUUAGGUCCAUAUCUGUUCUUUUGCCAGGCAUCCACGCUGGCAGCUCCUACGCUUCACCUUGUCUCUACAGGUGCCACGUGGGCUUUAGCUCCUGUGAGAGGUCCUGCCCAGGAAGCAGCUUCUUGCCCCAUUGCUGUACGCGCCUACAGGGCUCUCUUGGGUAUCUCUGAAGUGUUUUCCUGUGCCCUCAUGGCCUCCCUCUCCUAUUUAACUUCCUUCCCACCUCUUCUGACUUCCAGGGAUGAAUUUACUUGAUAUCUUCCUUCUUGACAGCCACCUACAUCCUUACCUUAGAUGGUUGCUGGAUACUGAGCAAGGGCAGGCAGGCAGGACAAACGCAGGGGAAACCUGGCUUAUUUCCGUUUCUGAAGGAGUUGUCUGUAUUACAUAUAGACUGUGGUCAGCACCCUGAAGGUGACAAAGCUAAUGAAGAUGCUGAGACCCCUGAAGAUGAGGUCAGGGAGAUCUUCCGCAUGGAGAUCCGAAGGGGUACGCAAAAAAUAUGCCUUCCUUACAGUCCCACCAAGACACUGUCUGUGAAGUCCAUCUUAAGUGCCAUGAACCUGGACAAGUUUGAAAAAGGCCCUCGGGAAAUCUUUCACCCAGAGAUACAAAAGGACUUGCUGGUUCUGGAAGAGCAAGAGGGCUCUGUGAAUUUCAAAUUCGGGGUUCUUUUUGCCAAAGAUGGACAACUUACAGACGACGAGAUGUUCAGCAAUGAAAUUGGAAGUGAAGCUUUUCAAAAAUUUUUGAAUCUCCUCGGAGACACCAUUACUCUAAAGGGCUGGACAGGCUACCGUGGCGGUCUGGACACCAAAAAUAACACCACAGGGAGCCACUCAGUCUAUACUGUGUACCAAGGGCAUGAGGUCAUGUUUCACGUUUCCACCAUGUUGCCGUAUUCCAAAGAGAACAGACAGCAGGUGGAAAGGAAACGCCACAUCGGAAACGAUAUCGUCACCAUCGUGUUCCAGGAAGGAGAGGAAUCUUCUCCCGCCUUUAAGCCUUCAAUGAUCCGCUCCCAUUUUACACAUAUUUUUGCCUUAGUGAGGUAUGACCAGCAAAAUGACAAUUACAGGCUGAAAAUAUUUUCAGAAGAAAGUGUGCCACUUUUUGGCCCACCCUUGCCAUCCCCACCGGUGUUUACAGACCACCAGGAAUUCAGGGACUUUUUGCUUGUGAAAUUGAUUAAUGGUGAGAAAGCCACUUUGGAAACCCCAACCUUUGCCCAGAAACGCCGGCGUACUCUGGACAUGUUGAUUCGCUCCUUACACCAGGAUUUGAUGCCAGAUUUGCAUAAGAACAUGCUCAAUCGGCGAUCUUUCAGUGAUGUUUUACCUGAGUCACCCAAGUCAGCACGGAAGAAAGAGGAGGCCCGCCAGGCCGAGUUUGUUAGGACAGGACAGGCCCUGAAACUCAAGUCCAUUGUGAGAGGGGAUGCCCCAUCCAGCUUGGCAGCUUCAGGGAUGUGUAAGAAAGAGCCUUGGGAACCCCAGUGUUUCUGCAGUAAUUUCCCUCACGAAGCCGUGUGCGCAGAGCCCUGGGGCCAGGCCUUGCUGGUUUCCACUGACGCCGGCGUCUUGCUAGUGGAUGACGGCCUUCCAUCCGUGCCUGUGUUCGACAGAACUCUGCCUGUGAAGCAGAUCCACGUGCUCGAGGCCCUGGACAUCCUUGUUCUCCGAGCAGACAAAGGGAAAGAUGCCCGCCUGUUUGUCUUCAGGUUGAGUGUGGUGCAGAAAGGCCUUGACAGCAGGCAGACAGGAAGGAGCAGAUCUGACUGCAGAGAAAACAAGCUGGAGAAAACCAAAGGAUGCCACCUAUAUGCUAUUAACACUCACCACAGCAGAGAACUGAGAAUCGUGGUUGCAAUCCGUAAUAAACUGCUUCUCAUCACAAGGAAACAACACAACAAGCCAAGCGGGGUGUCGGGGGCCUCGCUCCUGUCGCCCCUGUCGGAGUCACCUGUGGAGGAAUUCCAGUACAUCAGGGAAAUCUGUCUGUGUGACUCCCCAGCUGUGAUGACCUUAGUGGAUGGGCCGACGGAAGAGAGUGACAACCUCAUCUGUGUGGCAUACCGCCACCAGUUCGACGUGGUAAAUGAGAGCACAGGAGAAGCCUUCAGGCUGCACCAUGUGGAGGCCAGCAAGGUUAACUUUGUGGCGGCUAUUGAUGUGUAUGAAGAUGGAGAAGCCGGCCUGCUCCUGUGCUACAACUACAGUUGCAUCUAUAAGAAGGUUUGCCCCUUUAAUGGUGGCUCUUUUUUGCUUCAACCCUCGGCAUCGGAUUUCCAGUUCUGUUGGAACCAAGCUCCUUAUGCAAUUGUCUGCGCCUUCCCGUACCUGCUGGCCUUCACCACCGACUCCAUGGAGAUCCGCCUGGUGGUGAAUGGGAACCUGGUCCACACGGCAGUUGUGCCGCAGCUGCAGCUUGUGGCCUCCAGGUCGGACAUAUACUUCACAGCAGCCGCGACUGUGCACGAGGGCUCGUCUGCAGGCAGCUCCAAGGGCGCCAGUGCCCACACGUCUCCUCAGACCCCUCCGGCCCGGGACACGCUGCUGUUUCCUUCUUCCCCGGGGGAAGGUGAAAUUCAGUCUAAAAAUCUGUACCGCAUUCCACUUAGAAACCUCGUGGGCAGAAGCAUCGAGCGGCCUCUGAAAUCGCCCUUAGUCUCCAAGGUCAUCACCCCGCCCACCUCCAUCGGCCUUGGCAUCGCUGCCAUCCCUGUCACCCACUCCUUGUCCCUGUCUCGCAUGGAAAUUAAAGAAAUAGCAAGCAGGACCCGCAGGGAACUUCUAGGUCUUUCUGAUGACAGUGGACCACGAUCAGAAGGAGCGCCAAGGGCCAAAUCAAAAACCCGGAAGCGGUUAGAAGAAAGUCAAGGAGACCCCAAGCCAGAGGCUGUGAGGUCAGCUAGCAGUGACAGGAUCCCGUCGGGAAUUUUGGAAAGUCCUCCUGCUUCUGAAGCCAAUGCUGAGGGCCGUAACCACUCAGCAAGCGCUGACCAGGACCCUGCGGUGGACAAAGAGGGCAGCUCAGGCUCAGGCAGCAGCCCCUUCCAGCUCAUGGCCUCCUCAGAGGAAGACAUUAUUGAUUUGAAGUAGAGUCUGUGUCUCCGUGGCAACCCUUAGUGUUCUUACGCAGGUUUAUACUGUUUAAACAGCUCCAACAACCUGUCUCAACAAAAUGCGCCUCCAGCCAGGCAGCAAUCUAUUGGACCAAACCUCCUGCACCCUCAGCCAGUUCGGGUCACUCUCCAGUGUCCAAUGCCAUCUUUCUUGACUCCCAUUUCUUUCCAUUCAAGAACCGUCAGUACCCUUGUAAUAAAGGUGGUAGAUUUCAUUGAAGUUUUAGAUCAAAACUUUGAAUAAAUCAAAAAUGUUCAUUCUUAUUCACUGCAACCUUUCUCUUAUAUUUUAUAGAUUUAGAUGGAAAUUAUUUUUUGUAAGUUUUGACUUAUGUCACAUACUAUGCUUCUUUUAUGAAGAAAAGAUGCUGCUUUUUAAUUCUACUAUAAAUAAGUUUUCUUUCUGCA